AUGCCUGUAGGCAUAAUCCAACCCUCAAACCAGAUAAAAUUCACCAACGUCUCGGUUGUCCGGCUGAAGAAGGGCAAAAAGCGUUUCGAACUGGCCUGCUACAAAAACAAACUGCUCGAAUACCGCUCCGGCACAGAGACAGACCUGGAUAAUGUCCUGCAGAUUCCCACCGUCUUUCUGUCCGUCUCCAAGGCCCAAACCGCCCCGGCCGCAGAACUAUCCAAGGCUUUUGGUCCCAAGACAUCCAACGAUGAAAUUAUUCAGGAGAUCCUCCGUAAGGGUGAGGUGCAGGUUGGUGAGCGUGAGCGCAAGGAUAUCCUCGAGCGUGUUGAGAAGGAGGUUCUCGAAAUUGUUAGUGCGAGGCUAGUUGACCCUGUGUCAAAGCGCGUGUAUACCACUGGAAUGAUUUCGAAGGCGUUAGAUCAGUUGAGUGCCGCGAGCGGUCAGCAGGGUGGAGGCAGUGGUAUUGUUGGCAAUGGGGCCAGGAAGGGAAAGACCACCGAGACUAUGACUGCUGUUCCUCCUACUGCUGCUGCCGGUGAUGCUCUAAUAAUAACUACACAGGAAUCUCCGGCUGCUGAAGAGGAUGACAAGAGGACCAAAAAACCAACAUGGACGGGAGUUGUGACGAACAAGUCUGCUAAGAGCCAGGCGCUUGAUGCCAUGAAAGCUUUGAUUGCCUGGCAGCCUAUCCCCGUCAUGCGUGCGCGCAUGCGUCUGCGCAUCACAUGUCCCACUUCAAUCCUUAAACAAGCUGUCAAAUCUGCAUCUGGACCUGGUGGGGCUAAUUAUGGUGGUGGUGGUGGAGACCAGCCCAUGUCCCCUACCAAGGGAGGCGGGCAUAAGAAGGGCAAGGGAGGUCAUGCACAUUCCAAGGCGCAUGAUGAGGGUUACCAUGUUGAAGCUGCUGCGCCAAAGGCGACAGGAACGGUGAAGGAUCGUAUCCUAAACUACUUUGAACAGGUGGAGGAGCAGGAUGUGCUGAACGCAGAUGAGUGGGAGGUCAUUGGAUUUGCGGAGCCGGGGGCGUUCAAGGGGCUUAGUGAGUUUAUUGGUGGUGAGACGAAGGGCAAGGGGAGAGUGGAGGUCUUGGAUAUGACGGUUACACAUGAGGAGUAA